CUCCUUCCAAGCAGACUCCAGUAUUGGGUGAAGCCUCCAAGCGCUCGCAGUAGAAAAAGCAGGAUAGAGGGUGGAUAACUAUGGCUUCUUCUUCUACCACAAACCCCUUACUCUCUUCAACCCUGUUUGGCAAUAGGAUUCCAACGCCCAAGACAAGCAAAUCCUCAAUUCCUCUGCAGUUGUUUUCUAGAAGAAGGUUUGAUGUGACUCGAUCGAUUCUCAAUGGAAAACCCAGAUCAGAAUUGCCAUCUAAGGCCGCUCUGGCUGCCAUAAUCGCCUCGUCUCUCGCCCCACAAGCCCUCGCAGUAGACAACGCUACACCACCUGUUCCGCCCCCUGUAAUCGAAGCCCAACCCACUAAACCCAGCCCCUCAAACUCCUCACCCUUUGCUCAGAAUCUUCUUCUCACAGCCCCUAAACCCCAAACGCAGUCUGACCUCCCAGAAGGUAGUCAAUGGCGGUACAGCGAGUUCUUGAAUGCGGUGAAGAAGGGGAAAGUGGAGCGAGUUCGGUUCAGCAAAGAUGGCUCGGCCCUCCAACUCACCGCCGUCGAUGGUCGUCGGGCCACCGUUAUCGUCCCCAAUGACCCCGACCUCAUCGACAUUUUAGCCAUGAACGGCGUCGAUAUAUCGGUUUCAGAGGGCGAUUCCGGCAAUGGCCUCUUCAAUUUUAUCGGCAAUUUGCUGUUCCCGUUCCUCGCCUUCGCUGGACUUUUCUUUCUCUUUCGUCGUGCCCAAGGAGGUCCUGGCGGCCCCGGCGGACUGGGCGGGCCAAUGGAUUUUGGACGGUCCAAAUCCAAGUUCCAGGAGGUUCCAGAGACCGGCGUUACAUUCGCAGAUGUCGCCGGAGCCGAUCAGGCAAAACUGGAGCUGCAGGAGGUUGUCGAUUUCUUGAAAAACCCUGAUAAGUACACCGCCCUGGGAGCCAAAAUUCCCAAGGGUUGUCUUUUGGUUGGACCACCCGGAACCGGCAAGACCCUACUGGCCAGAGCAGUGGCCGGAGAAGCAGGUGUGCCAUUCUUCUCGUGCGCAGCCUCUGAAUUCGUUGAAUUGUUUGUAGGAGUGGGAGCAUCCAGAGUCCGGGACUUGUUUGAGAAGGCAAAAUCAAAGGCACCCUGCAUUGUGUUCAUUGAUGAAAUUGAUGCAGUGGGGAGGCAGAGAGGGGCAGGUCUUGGAGGUGGGAAUGAUGAGAGAGAGCAAACCAUUAAUCAGCUGUUGACAGAGAUGGAUGGAUUCUCCGGAAAUUCAGGUGUCAUUGUAUUGGCUGCCACUAAUAGACCAGACGUUCUUGAUUCUGCAUUGCUAAGGCCUGGGAGGUUCGAUCGACAGGUUACUGUGGAUAGGCCUGAUGUUGCUGGUAGAGUUAAGAUCCUUCAGGUGCACUCAAGAGGGAAGGCACUAGCCAAGGAUGUAGACUUUGAAAAGAUUGCGAGAAGGACCCCAGGCUUCACAGGGGCUGACUUGCAGAACCUGAUGAAUGAGGCAGCCAUCCUCGCAGCUAGGCGUGACCUCAAGGAGAUAAGCAAGGAUGAGAUAUCUGAUGCCCUGGAGAGGAUAAUUGCUGGGCCAGAGAAGAAAAAUGCUGUGGUCUCAGACGAGAAGAAGAAAUUAGUUGCCUAUCAUGAGGCUGGGCAUGCAUUGGUCGGUGCACUUAUGCCUGAAUAUGAUCCUGUGGCCAAGAUAUCCAUCAUUCCCCGUGGCCAAGCAGGUGGUCUUACCUUUUUUGCUCCAAGUGAAGAGAGACUCGAGUCUGGACUGUACAGUAGAAGUUACCUGGAGAAUCAGAUGGCUGUUGCACUGGGUGGAAGGGUUGCAGAAGAGGUAAUAUUUGGAGAGGAUAAUGUAACAACAGGGGCAUCCAAUGACUUUAUGCAAGUUUCACGGGUGGCCAGGCAGAUGGUGGAGAGAUUUGGGUUCAGCAAAAAGAUUGGACAAGUUGCCAUUGGUGGACCUGGUGGAAAUCCAUUCUUAGGUCAACAGAUGUCAUCGCAGAAAGACUAUUCCAUGGCAACUGCAGAUAUAGUGGAUGCGGAAGUGAGGGAGUUGGUGGAGAAGGCAUAUUCAAGGGCCAAGCAGAUCAUGACAACUCAUAUUGACAUCCUCCACAAGCUUGCACAACUCCUCAUCGAGAAGGAAACCGUGGAUGGAGAAGAGUUCAUGAGUCUCUUUAUUGAUGGCAAGGCUGAAUUAUUCGUUGCUUAAUUGCACUCCUUUCAACCCUCAAAAUCAUGUUGUAUUGUAAUUCCAUUCCACAUACAUAUAUGUACACAAAAUUUGGGAAAAAAAAUCAGCAUGAAUCUUGUAAAAGAACAAGCAUCUGUCUAUCAUACACCUUUGGGUGAUAUUCCCAUCA